AUGCGCGAGCAUAUGAAGCGCGCUCACCCGCUCCUUUUCGGUAGAUGUGACGGUGAGAAGUCGUCGGCAAAGCAGUCAUCGAUGCUGCAGCACGUUGCUGUGAAGCCCGCGGCAAAGCAAAUGUCUGCGUCGACUGCCAAAGAAAUCACCGGCAGUCUGACUGACUGGCUUGUUCGUGAUCUACGGCCGUUGUCGAUCGUCGACGAUGUCGGGUUCCGUGACCUGAUGGGACGGGUAUCGCCCGGUUACGUGAUUCCGUCGAGGACUCACGUCUCCAAGCUGAUCGGGCAGCGCCACACCACCGGUCUCUCUGCCCUUACGAGUCGAUUGAAGUCCGUCUCUGGCUGCUGUCUAACGACGGACGCCUGGACAUCGAAGGCCACGCAGUCGUACAACACUGUAACUGUGCACUUCGUGACCGAAACUUGGGAAUUGGAGAGCGCUGUUGUCGAGACUGCUCUCUUUCCAGGCUCCCACACCGGCGUGAGGAUCGCGGAAAAGGUAUCGGAUGCAACGAAGAGAGUGGGACUCAAGCCUGCUCAGGUAAUUGCAGUGGUGCACGACGAAGCGAGAAAUGCGGAGCUUGCUGGUCGACACCUACUCCAAGAUCAUGGCUGGGAGUCAGUGACCUGUUCUGCCCAUCUCCUUCAAACGUGCGUGCGACAUGUGCUUGAAGAUUCAGCUCCUGCACAGAAAUUGUUGAGUGCUGCCAGGAAGUUGGUUGGGCACUUUCGCCAUAGCGGUCAAGCAACAGAGGCUUUGCUUGCAAAGCAGGUCCAGAUGGGGAGCACAUCACCUGUAAAACUGACCCAGGAUGUACCUACGCGUUGGAACUCUGCACAUGACAUGCUGAAACGUCUGGUUGAGCUACGACUGCCCGUCAUGGCUGUACUGACUGCUCCAGGCCAAAAUCGGAACUUGCUCUUGAAGGAUACCCAGUGGACACCAGCCGAGCAGCUGACAGCAGCCCUGGAACCACUGAAAGCAACUACAACAGUAUUCGGCGGCCAGAAGUAUGUCACCUCUUCUCUCGUGCUGCCUGUUGUGGCCAGUAUUAUCGAGAGGUACUCUGAGCCUGUGAAGGACACCUGUGUUCGUGCUGUGGAGAACAUCCGUGCUGCACUUGUGUCAGAGUUGCAGGUUAAAUUCCGUCUGUCAGACGUGACAUCGGCAUCCCCCCUCGUGCUCGCUGCAGCUUUGGAUCCCAGGUUCUGUGGCCUAAAGUUCACGUCCCAUGUCCUGUGUGAGCCGGAUGCUAUCAAGGCUGCACUAGCUGAGGAGAUGAAAAAGCACACCGCUCAACCACCUUCUGUUGUCGCGCAGGAACCGCAAGCCAAGCGCAAGCCCGAGGACACAGGCCUUCAAGCUCUGCUGCAUGGAGCUGUGUACGAUGCCACAGCUGUGGAGAAUGAAUCGCCUGCCCAGGAAGUAGCACGGUACAGGUCCUCCCUCGUUAGUAGAUAA